AUGCAACUGCAAUUACUGCUUGCCUCCUGGAGUAUUUGUGCCAUAUUUGUGGGUGUGAUGGCUACAUAUCUUAGUGAUUUCGUGACAUUGCGACGUCAAAGCAAUUGGUCUUCAGAGGAAAUCGCACCCGAUCGCAAUAGUUCCAAAGUGUUAAGUGAUGACAGAAGACAGUGGCAUUCCGAUAUAGCUGAUCACUACCAAUUGCGUUUUAAGCCCCUUCGUCAAAUGCCACGUUUAUACUGGCCAAAAUUAACGCAGGAAGAAGUAUCGACCGAACUUAUAACAACGGAUGUAGUGGCUACCGUAUCCAAUACGGAGCUACCAGCAGAGGAUUAUAAAGAAAUUGCACCAGUUACUACCACCGCUGCGCAGCCCAUCCUCAAUACAACAAUAACAACAACAGCUACAGCAACAGCGACAACAACUGUGGUGUCAUUGCCCACAGUUAGUACUGCAUUGGCCUCCAAUGUCAUGAACUCAAUCAUGCGACCACCACAAAUUAGUGAUGCCAUGCAAAAUUUGCUAUUCCACGGCUCGCCGUUCAGCUUCAAACUGUUGCAACAACAAAAGCAAGAUGGUAAAAAAUCAAAAAGCAAAGGUUUUCUAAGCCUCUUCGAGGUAAUCAAAUUUAAAAACACUAAAUGUUCAGUGGCUAUGGAAGAGAUCGAUAUACGUGUGCGCGCCUUGGAGGGCGUUUGCUAUCAUGAAUUUGAGUGCAAAAGCUUAGGUGGCAUACCGACCGAGCCCUGUGCUGAUGGUGUGGGCGUAUGUUGUGUGUUUUUAACCGGUUGUGGCGCUACGACAAAGCAAUCAGUAGUCUACUUUGAGAGUCCCAACUAUCCGAAUCCGGUGCAUGAUAUGCUGAUAUGUGUGCUGAUUAUAAAUUUACGCGAUAAUGUGCAGCAGCUGCGACUCGAUUUCAUAAUGUUUGAGAUAAAUCGACCUACAGAUGGUGACUGCGUGGAUGACCAAUUUGUUGUUUCCGGUCAAAAUAUAAAUUUUGUUGUACCAAUUCUAUGUGGCAUUAAUACUGGACAACAUAUCUACGUUGAUGUGAGCAAUUCUUUUGAGAGAAAAAUUUACAUCUCCUUUAUAACUAAAAUGGCUGUUGGUCAACGCACAUUUAAUAUUAAAAUAAUACAGCUUGAAAGCGAUUUGGCUCCAGAGGGUUGUUUGCAAUUUUACACCGAAAUUGAAGGCGUCGUGAAGUCAUUCAAUUAUGACACCGAUGGCGCUUUUGUUAACAACGCAGGUGCAACAUAUUUUAAUAAUCUGAAUUAUGCAAUUUGUCUGCAACGCUCGAAGGAUAUGUGUGCCGUGACUUAUACAGCCGUUCAAAAUGGUGGAGAACAGUUGGACUUUCAGAUUGUCAAUAAAGAUGAAGACGAAGUCGACUUGGUUCCCGAUGGUCAAGCGGGUGCUGGCAUUUUCAAUUGUCCUGAUGACUAUAUCGCGAUCAAUCAAGUACGCCUCUGUGGUGAGCGUUUCAACGAUGGCACCGAUACAGAUGACUUCACACAGAACGCAGCGAUCAGAGAUGUCGCAGCGGGACCAAUUAUACUGCCAGUUCGCAGCAAUGAGGAAUAUGUGGGUCGCGGUUUCCUCCUCACCUACAAGCAGGAGCUAUGCACUUGA